AUGCGGGACAUCAGUAAAGGUUUUGUAGGACGACACCCUCUUAAGACUUUAUUGGACCUCCUCAUUGUAAUUUCAGUGUCUGAAUUUAUGGGACAUUGCCAGACCCUUUAUGAAUUUGUCUACUUAUCAAAACAUUUUGAAUGGGAACGUUCUACCUGUACAUCUCCAGACCCACCACCAAGAAUUCAGCGUCUAUGUUAUAGGGGUGGUGGAUACGCUCUGGAUCCCACAGUUGGAUGUUCUCCUGAUGAAGCAACAAAUUUUAUAGGUGCCACAGAAGCAGCAAAGGAAGCCGAAGGGAGAACAGUUUUUGAAUCGACCAAGAAACGGCCAUCACGCAAGAGGAAGCGUAGGAAAAAUGACAACCCAUAAGAUAUUGAAGGAUUUCUGGGACCAUGGGGGGGUUACGUUGAUGAGAAGAGAGUGACGAGACCUAGCGAAGAGGAAGCCGUUGAGUUGGAAGAAAUUCUCACAAAACGACAAAAGAGAGGAAAGCAGGCGGAUGAUAAACCUCUGGAGGAGAAGACGGUAUUGCACGUCAGAGAUGCAGUGGAUUACCAGGGUCGUUCGUUCCUCCACGCUCCGCAAGAUGUGGGCGUAAAUCUGCGAUCUGAUUCACCUCCAGAGCGGUGCUUCCUUCCAAAAACACAAAUUCAUACUUGGCAAGGUCAUACCAAGGGCAUCUCCAAUGUCCGUUGGUUUCCGAAGACAGCGCAUCUGUUGUUGUCCUGCAGCAUGGACUGCAGAGUUAAGUUAUGGGAAGUGUAUAAUGAGCAUCGCUGCAUCAGAACGUAUUACGGCCAUCGGCAGGCAGUGAGAGAUGUUUGUUUUAAUAAUGCUGGCACACAGUUCCUGUCAGCAGCAUAUGACCGAUACAUCAAGCUGUGGGAUACAGAAACUGGUGGGUGCGUAUCUCGCUUCACAAGCGGCAAAAUUCCGUACUGCACAAAAUUCCAUCCAGAUGAGGACAAACAACAUCUGUUUGUUGCCGGAACAUCAGACAAGAAGAUCAUCUGCAUAUAUGAUAGUACACUAUCUGGUGAUUUAAAUUGGUUGAAAUUGAAGUUUUUGUGUUUCAGAUUUGUACCUUUUUUGCUGAAGGACGUUCCAGUGGACGUGAAGUAUAUGGCUGACCCCACGAUGCACUCGAUGCCUGCAGUGACGCCGUCGCCAAACCGGAAGUGGCUGGCUUGUCAGAGUAUGGACAACAAGAUUGUAAUAUUUUCAGCUCUAAAUUGCUUUAAGACGAAUCGCAAGAAAACCUUCAGCGGACAUACGGUAGCUGGUUACGCGUGCACCGUCGACUUCUCGCCUGAUAUGAGCUACUUGGUGUCGGGAGACGCUGAUGGAAUGUGCUACGUGUGGGACGGGAAGACAACAAAAUUAUACAAGAAGUGGAAGGCUCAUGACAGCGUGUGCAUUGGUGUGCUGUGGCAUCCGCAUUAACCAAGUAAGCUCGUUACCGCUGGAUGGGACGGUCUUAUAAAGUACUGGGAUUAAAUUUUGAUAUAUAUAUUGUAUCAUUUGUAAGUAUAUGCCAAGUGCCAUGAAUGAUUAGGUUGACAGAAAAUUCACGUAAAGUGCUUGUAUUAUAACUGAAAUAUCUAACAUUACUAGUCAGAGAAAUAAUAAAUCAUGUUAGUGGU